AUGGAUUCACCCCCCUCCGAGGAGAAAAUCAAGUUGGAUCAGGCUGUGAACGCUGGACCGAACAAUGGCAGUGGCAACCAGUUGCGGAUCGACUUCUCCGUCGUUAAGAUCCUCGCCGUGGCUCUAUUCAUCGUUGGAGUGACAGGGUUGGUUCUCGCGUUCUUUUCGGGCAAUGGAGCUAGUUUCUUUUCCGUCGAGGUCGGCGAAAUCAACGACGUGGAGCGUAAAGAGCUGCUGGACAAGUACAAUUCGAGGAUGAGCAACUUCAUGUCGGCCGUCAACAAAGCCAUCGAGGUUGCUGUCGAACCGCUGGUCGCCGUGGUUCUAUUGUGUCUGGGUGCCAAAUGGUUUACUAAAAGCGAGACGGGUUUCUGGCUGGGGGUGGCCCCAACACUUGCGGAGGCUGCUCUAGGGGUCUUGAUAUGCAACAGGCCGACCUCGGUGAAUGUCCAGCUAGUUCCGGGACGGACCCAUUUGUGGAUUGUGGCGGAAGACUUGGCUGUGACCGUUCCAACAUACGACAGCUCUGCGUGGAACCCAUCGCUGAUCGAGAGAGCCCUCAACAAUUCGGCACUGAACACCAUCUUGCGCACUCGAUACACCCCGGUCAAAAACGUUAGAUUCACGUGCGAGAACCAUGCUGAGAGUCUGCUUCCAAUAGUCGGAGCGCUGGUCGAGCCCCCACAGGUCGUGUUUGGCUAUCCUGAGAGCACUUGGCUGCUGGACGCCCUGCCGACGGCUAUCGAACCAAAGGAGACAUUCGAGCUUCCUGUUCGCGGUGACGUAAGUGAUAUGGAUUUUGCUUUUUCUGCUCAACUUGAGACGGCUCAGUUGAUGUAUAUCACGGCUCUGAUGGAGUUGUUUGAUAAUCUUGGAGAUCUUUGGGGUUUAACUUCGAGCGGCUGCUGGAACGCGACCUAUGAAUCUGAAUAUGACGAGGACCUGACUGUUGGGGAACUGAUGGCAUUUGCUGGCGAUAAGUUCAUUCCAGCCGCAUCCAUGAUGCUGCACGAUCUCCUGGGAAAAGCGGCGAACAUCGUCGUGGGUGAAGUUGGUGCAGCCUACCACAUCCACGAACUUGCAGACUCUCUCACCUACACGUCGUUUACCUUGACAUUCCGACCCGAGCACGAAGCUAUGGAUUUUGAAUCAGGGUGCGCACUGUUCCUUUCAUCUCUCGGCAAACGAAUCAGUGAUAAACACUUCAACUUAACGGUGGUCGGUGAUGAGCCGAACAUCGUCGCAUCGGAACUUCGUACAACGUACUCACUCACGAUUGGUGUUUUUAACUGGACCUCGGAGGAUUUAGCUGCUGCCUUCGAAGCCGGCUGCGCCGACGAAUUUUCGAACUGCUAUGGCGUUCGGCUCAGCACCGAUUCGCUAAAGCAGCAGAGCAAGAUACUCCUCGCUAGUGAAAGCAGCAUAACCGAUUCCCUACACGGCAGCAUUGAUUUAGGAGUGAUGUUUCCCGGCAACUUGGUUCUUUUUUCGUAUGGUAAUAUGGAAGCCGGAGACUACCUUACCACCGUCGACCCAUUGUCGUGCUCCUUUCAAGCCGAUUCGUACAUCAACAACACUGUGGCAAACCAUUUGUUCGCCGAGGAAAGUCUACAAAUGAGCUACACCGCGGGGUUCCACUUCCUCUUCAAAGCGGCCGUGUUGCACACGAUUUCCUCCAAUGAUGGCCGAUGGGUCCCCGAUUUUAUCGGUAACAUCAACGUCUUCGUAACGCAAGUAUCUAUUCCAUUCAUUAACUGCAUCAUAUCGGUCGUUGGCUGCUCUGCGCUAUUGGCUCUCAGUAUUGCGGUUGUCGUCACUACCAAGCGUGGCAAGUCCGUUAUCGAGUCCAACAGUUCUGUUCCCGUGCUUGCUGGAGCUAUGUCGGACACCGGCAAAUUCCCACGGUUGCUGCUUAACCUUUCGCUUGAACUACCUGCCACAGAAGGAGCCCAGGCGCGUUUGGUUGGGCUUGAUGAGGUCGAGAUAGCGGCUGCAGAAUUUGUAGAGAAAAAGCCUUGA